AAGAGCGAGCAACGCGCCGCGCGCGGAGGAAGUAAGCGCGCGAUUGGAGCGCGAAGACGAAGGGCUGAGUUGGGGGCAUCCUCCGCAUCCCCUCCCCGCCCCACGAGUGAUCUCCUCUGGGUCUCCCCCCUCCGGUUCGUUUCCCAGCUCUUCUCCUAUGGGGAGUCUCGAAUGAGAUGUAUCGCUCUGGCUUCUGCUGCCAACGCCGCCACCGCGCUGUGAUCGGACCGCCGGAGAGGACGGAGAGGAGCGUGGCGGAGUCGCCGUCGCUUUUCGAAAAAGCGGGAAAAGCGCCUUUCGAAACCCCGCGGGCGAUCGGGUCCCACGAAACUUUCGGAUCGGGGGUGGCUUUCGCGAAGCCCUGGGAAGAAAGACAUCUCGGUGACGCUGGUCUGCUCGUAAGAUAAGAGGUCCUCGCUCCUGAAUCUGAAAAAGGAAGGGAAAACCAAAAAAAAAAAAAAAAAAAGCUAGUUUUUCCACAGAAGACGGGUGGGAAGCCCUCCUGUGACAAAAAAAAGAGGUCCGUUUUUUUGUUUUUUUUUAAACUGAAGAGGAGAAAGUUCAAACGACCCCAAGAAUCAGGCAGGAAACCCCACCCGCAAGUCUCUUGACCUCAUUCUGACCUGCAGAAUUAUUUUGGAGGAAUUGGGGCUACUGCCUUCUCCCCACCGUCCUGAAAGAAGAAGAACUCCCCAACUCUUUUUCCAUCUCUUCUCUUCUCCCUCUGAAAUGCAGGUUUUUCUCUUUCCCUUAUGUUUGCCGCCUUCUUGUUUCCCUUCCUCUCUGAACUGAACUUUAGCACCCUUAGCCCUUGUAGUAUAUCCACGUCUCCUCCGCCCUUUCUUGCUGGGUCUCCUCGGGGUUUUUUUGCCAUGGCGUUGAACCCCACCAUGCUCCCCGCUGCUACCAACAGCUCCUCCAAUGGGACAGGUGGCAUGCCGGAGAACAGCAAAGCCCUGACCAUCCCCAUGGUCAUGUUCAUUUUCGGAGUGGUGGGGAACCUCAUAGCCAUCGUGGUUCUUUGCAAGUCCAGGAAGGAGCAGAAGGAGACCACUUUCUACACGCUGGUCUGUGGAUUGGCUGUCACCGACCUCUUGGGGACUUGCCUGGUCAGUCCGGUGACUAUUGCUACGUAUCUGAAACAGGAAUGGCCUGGUGGCCAACCCCUGUGUGAAUACAGCAGCUUCAUCCUCCUCUUCUUUGGCCUGUCCGGACUCAGCAUCAUUUGCGCCAUGUCCAUAGAGCGGUACCUGGCCAUCAACCAUGCCUACUUCUACAACCAUUACGUGGAUAAGAAACUGGCGGCACUCACUCUUUUUGCAAUCUACGUUUCCAAUGUCCUCUUCUGUGCCAUGCCAAACAUGGGUUUGGGGAAGACAACGCUCCAGUACCCGAACACCUGGUGCUUCAUAGACUGGCAGACCAACAUAUCCAGCCAUGCUGCUUUCUCGUACAUGUAUGCCGGUUUCAGCUCCUUCCUCAUUAUGGUCACGGUGGUCUCCAACAUCUUGGUGUGCAUGGCCCUGAUCCGCAUGCACAGGCAAUUUAUGCGUCGCACUUCCCUGGGGACAGACCACGCCACGAACCGCCUGUCAGACUUUCGCCGGCGCAGGAGCUUCCGGCGCAUGGCCGGCGCAGAAAUCCAGAUGGUCAUCUUGCUCAUUGCCACUUCCUUGGUCGUAGUGAUUUGUUCCAUUCCUCUAGUGGUCCGGGUCUUUGUGAAUCAACUGUACCGUCCAGAUAUAGUAAGAGACAUCCAACAGAACCCAGAUUUGCAAGCUAUUCGUAUAGCUUCGGUAAAUCCCAUCUUGGAUCCUUGGGUCUACAUUCUGCUGCGCAAGACAGUCUUGAGCAAAGCCAUUGAGAAGGUCAAGUGUCUUUUCUGUCGCAUUGGUGGGGCCCGGCGGCAGCACUCAGGUAACAACUGCAACUGGGCCGAUGGUCACCGGACCUCCGUCACAGCAAGCCAUUCACCCUCCUUCAUCUCCCGAGAGUUGAGGGAGAUUAGUAGCACUUCACAGACUCUGCUAUACCCGCUGGAGCCAAGUGAAAGGAUGGUCGGAGACCGAAUGCUGUUACCAGGAACCAGCAGCUGUCUGGCUCAGUCAGACACUACAUCUAUAAGGACCUUAAGGAGUUCAAACACCUCAGAGUCCUCUCAGGGGCAAGAGUGUGAGAAUACCUUUUUGGUGAGUGAACUAAAGCCUAGCGGUAGUAGAACUCCUAAAGGCAACUCCCUUCAAGUCACUUUUCCCAGCGAAACUCUGGACUUGUCAGAGAAGUGUAUCUAAGCAGUAGAAAGAAGUUAAGAGACAAUUUGGUCCUUAAGUCAAGCGGGUAGGAACUGACACAACAAACAUAUCAAAUGCCCAUCUUUGCCAUCCAUUCUGUUGACCUAAGGCGUACACCUGAAGCUUAUCUGGAUUUCCUUGUCCUAAGCUUGAGGGUGAAAUAGCCAUUUAGGGCAAGUUGGACUUGGAAAUUUAUUUGUUUUAAUUUGUAUACUGCCCUUCUCCAGCAGAAAUGUGCACCAGGCAGGAAUCCACGAGAGACGUUGAACUAGCCGCCAUCUUGAUUUGCACCUCCCUCAACAUGGGUUCCAAGAUGCAGCUGUUGGAUCUUUCCUGUUAUGUGAUAAGCACAGGUUUCAGCAGGGCUUUAUUACCGCUAGAGACUCAUCCUCUGCCAUCAAACCCUGCCAAAGCAACAAAGGAAUGUAAUGGUGUCUGAAGUACAGGCUGCUGCUUGUUGCCUUACCUUGCCCUGGGAGAUAGGACUGUUUUCACAAAGUUUGUGUUGGAAAAAGUCACCAAUCUUCUCCAUCUGUACAUGACUGAAGCAUACUUAUUUCGCUCCAAACUCCCCUCUUGGCUUCAUAGUUGAGAGAGAUUCAUUACAAGAUAGUUGCCAAUGGAGGAACAAACUGGUCCAGUUGUUAAGGAAUUGAUAAAUCUCUCUAUUGUGUGAAAAAAAAUGUGAAUUUUUCUGGCUGAAAUGUUGUGACUGACUGUAUUUAAGGAAUGUAUAUUCUUCUCUGUGAGAAGGUUAAUUAUUAAUACAAAGUAUAGAAAAAAUAAUAUGGUCAGAUCCUCCUUUCUUCUUAAUGUAUGUGGGUUAGAUAAAUUUUGCAUUAGAUUUUUCAAAUUUGCAGACUCAAGAGGCCAGACUAGAGCUGAUUGAUAAGACAAGAGCUGAGGAAUCUGGAAUUACACAGGAAGACGUUUUGAUGCCACUAUAGGAAUAAUAAAAGCUUUUUGUUUUUAAAAUGCUUCUCAUAUUUUCUUAAGUCUCUUUUUGAGUCGAGCUUGACUCUUUGUGACUUCAUGGACAGAGCUAUGGAACUGCACAUCCUUAAAAAGAAAUAAAAAUUAUGUGCGGUGAAUUUCCCUUCAAAAUAUAAGUAGUUCCUAGCUAAGCUAAUAAUGCAGUUCUGUUAACAUCUGGUAUGUAUGGAUGCCACACUGAGGCUUUACUCAGAAGUACAUUCCACAAUUACGGUAACAAUUCUUGCUGAUUUAGGCACUUCCUUCACAUGUGCAAAAUCAAAGUCCAAAACAUGCAUCCAUAGUCAACAUCCUCUUUGCCUUAUUCUAAAUGUGUUUGCUCAGAGAUAUUUCAGAAUUUAGUGCAAGAAAGCAUCUUAAAAGACCAUAAUCUAAGGGCUGCCAUACGUAGCCAACUGUACGGCCUCUGCUGUUUUUUGUACUUAUGGCAACCCCGGUCUAUUACAAAUGUUAACACAUAUUCAAAUGAGUAUCACAUCACGCUUUGCAUUAUCAGUGUCCAUAUAGGAAUUGGCAGCUGUACAAUACAUGCCAUUACCAUUCUUGUAAACAUCCUGUUAAAAGAUUUUUCUUAUCUGCUAUACAGUCCACUCUAUUUAUAUGACGAUAUUGUUACGUGAGCAAUAUUUUUCCAUUUAUCCUUGUUACGGUUGCAAUCAGUCUUCCCCAGCCUGUAUGGAACUGAUAAAAGAUUUGCAAACAACCAAGCUUCAUUGGCUGAGAAUUCUGGGGGUCGUAUAUCCGAGGCAUCUGGAGGUGGGCUUGCUAUAGAAGAAAUGGAGAAAUGCAGGAAACUCCAAACGUGUUUAUUGUGCACACCACUGUGUAAAUUAUUCUACAGAUGGUUGUUGGUCUUUUGUGAUUCGGAAUGCAUGUUGCAAUUAUCCAUUUUCAGUUGUAAUGAAUUUGGAGCAUGAAAAAUUACCACACCAUUGUUUUUGUGGCCUUUCAGUUAUUUCUGACAUUUGUUACAGCAAAUGUUGUAGUUUGCCCUAAUGCUUUUGGAAUAAUGAAAGACUAUGCUCUAAAAACCAAUUUAAUUGAUUUGAGCACUAGAACUGAAAGAAAAAGCAACUAUGGUGUGGUCUAUUUAUUAAAAACAAUGACAGGUAAGAUUAGGAAAAACAUUAGCCUUAAAAGUUUCUCUCCAUUAAAAAAAAAUCUCUAAAGCCACUGGAAAUUUAUGUUUUCGAAUGCUAUGUUCAAAGGAUUAGAUUGUUGUGUUCCAGUAUUAUUAUCCUGUAUUGAUGUUCAAGGUCUGGUUUUUGUCAAGGAAAAAGCACGUUGUGUUGCUUAUUGUGGUUUUCAUGUAAAUUGCUUUCCAUUGGAAACAGAAUUUUGAGCCUGACUUUCAGAGACGGCUUAUGAAACUGGCUAUCUUGGCACAAACUCCUUUUUUUGGAAAUCUUUAUUAAAUGCAGACAUACCCACUGGGUAACGAA